GUUCAUCAGCUCCGAGAAUAGUCCACCUUCAUAUUCACCUUCGCCUUGACGCUUCAAAUACAUCACCGCCCCUCCCGCGGGAAACCAUCAUAUCCCCCGGUGAGCGCCGGUCGCUUCCACCGCGUCCCGUUGUCCCUCCCUCCCGUCCCUCCUUUCCCGCUCGCCAUGUAGACAUCGCCUACACCACAACGUCCACCCUCAACCCUUCUCCCUUCACCAUGACCGACAUCAUGGCCGGCUCCUCGAAGCCGGCCCUCGCCUCCCCCAAGAUCAUGAAGAAUUCCAAAGGCACUAUCAUUCCAACAAGCCAAGUUGCCCACGUGCAGUAUGGCUGCGAGCACAUAGAACUGCUGCUGAGCAACGCCCGCGCCGCGACGCUCAAGCAGUACCGCAUGCUUCUCCAGAAGAUCUUUCACGAACCCAGCAUCAUCACUCAGACGUACAAAUCGGGCGCUGGUUCGCCCAUCGUCUCCCUUCGACCCCUCUAUCUAUGCCUCCAAUGUCCCCUCAUCGCUACCGAAGCCGAAAGGGACGAACAUGUCGAUACCAAGGGACACAUCUUUUCCGCCGAAUCACGACAAGGGCACAUCUACUGUGGACAUUGCCAGGACUUCAUCUAUGACCCUGAAAUGGAGGAGAGACGGGUUCAUAAGGGGAAGAAACGAAAAUAUGAGGACACAAUCAGCCCUGAAGACCAUAAGCUCAUCGUUAGCCACACUACAUUCUCUCCCUGUCGGGCGAUUGGCCUCCGUGGGCUUUACAACAUGGGACAGACUUGCUUCAUGAGCGUCGUGUUGCAAACCCUCAUCCACAACCCCUUCAUCCGAAACUUCUACCUUGGGGAGGGCCACAAGAAAGAAGACUGCGGCAAGGAGGGAUGUGUCAGUUGUGCCCUGGACGAGAUGCUCCAAGAAUUCCACACAAGCGAGAAGACGGAAGGCUUUGGAGCGGUCAACAUGCUCAUGGGCAGUUGGCUAGCAGGCGAAGCUCUGGCCGGAUAUAACCAGCAAGAUGCCCAUGAAUAUAUGCAGUUCAUGCUCAACACGCUCCACCUGCAAAACGACGGCUCUCACGACGUCGACUGCAACUGCAUCAUCCACAAGGUUUUCUCUGGCAAACUCUGUAGCACAGUCACAUGUGACAAGUGCAAAAACACAAACACAGCCGUCGAUCCCUACAUGGACCUAAGCCUGGACGUGCGUAACAAGCCUAAGAAGCGAAAGGUCGAGCCUGGGGCCGUAGAAGAUGCACCGUUGGACCUCCGCGACUGCCUCGAGCGCUUCACCAGCAGGGAGAAAUUGUCCGCCGAGGACUACACUUGCUCCAGCUGCCAGGACCGCCAAAGCGCGACCAAGCAGCUCAGCAUUCAGCGCCUCCCGCUAUGCUUAGCCAUACAUCUCAAACGCUUCGAACACACCAAGGCCACAUCCGCCAAAAUCGAAACCAAGCUCAGCUUCCCCAUGACCCUCAAUCUCUACCCUUACACAACACAGGGCAAAUCAACGAAUCCAGUGCCUUCCUCACCCUCCACCUCACCGUUCCCCGAACCCAAUCCCAACAUGAACAUCAACAACCCCUCCAACGCCCUCCUGUACCACCUCUCCAGCGUGAUUGUCCACAAGGGCAAGAUCGAUAGCGGACAUUAUGUCAGUUAUUCGAAGGAAGGGGGCGAGUGGUUCAUGUUCGAUGAUAGUAAGGUAAUUAAGGUGGGAGAGAAGGAUGUGUUGGCUGCGGAAGCGUAUCUGCUGUUCUACAUCGUGGGUGAUGGGUUGGAUAUUUAGGUGGCGGGUGUCGGUGGAGGGGGAGUGUGUAGAGAUGGUUGGUAUUCAAGCAGAGGUAGAGUCGACGGGGACGGAGACGGCGAACCUCAUGAGGUUCGUUCAUGUACAAAGAUACAGACUCAGAGUCAGUCUCGCGGUCAGCUAUGAAGUUGGACUGCAGAGUUGGGAGACAUUGCUGUUGGUGUUUUCUAAUCCCACUACGGGAAUAAUAACAGUAUUAUCUCAGUGCACCUUUCCAAAUUCAACUGGACAGCCAGGGAUAUAUUGGAGUAGGUGAUCUAGCCUGAAGGGAAAUGCAGGGGGUUAUGCACUCGGACGUGAAGAGAG